UUGAACUCCUCAUUUCAAAUUAUGACACAAGUCAAAUUCAUGAAUUCUACUCAGAGUUGAUCAACAAUCGCGAUUCUUUUGUUCCAAAACAACUGGUGUAAACGAUACAAACAACUACACUCAGCUUUACACUCUUCGCUUCAACAUCGCAGAACACAAAACCAAAACGAUGACCUCUCUACUCCUCCUACUGCUACUCUCCCCUCUCUGCGCUACCGCCUCCAUCGAAGCAUACCCCACCAUCCCAGGUGCCGCCGAUAUCUCCGUCUCCGCUUCUCACACCGACAACUUGACUCCGAUUCGCCGAGAAGUCUAUGCCGACGGGAGGAUCUUCGACAUCACUCACCGUUACACAAGCAGUAUGCCGUCAUGGGGAUCGGAGAACGGGCUAGGGCAGUUCCUCUGGCUUCCCGCCAGCAUGAAAAACGGCUCUCUCGCCAAUAACUCCGAGAUGAAGCUCCCCACUCACACCGGCACACAUGUCGAUGCUCCGGGACACGUUUUCGAUCAUUAUUUUGAUGCAGGCUUCGAUGUCGACACUCUUGACCUUGAAGUGCUCAACGGGCCAGCUCUGUUAGUUGAUGUUCCAAGGGAUACCAAUAUAACUGCUGAAGCUAUGAAGUCCUUGCAUAUUCCCAAGGGAGUACGUCGUGUGCUUUUUAGAACGCUUAAUACUGACAGGCAGCUUAUGUUCAAACCUCAGUUUGACACAAGCUAUGUGGGAUUCACAAGGGAUGGAGCAAAAUGGUUGGUAGAAAAUACAGACGUCAAGAUGGUUGGAAUUGAUUACUUAUCUGUUGCUGCCUGGACUGAUUUGAUUCCAUCCCAUCUUGUCUUUUUAGAGGGCAGAGAAAUCAUUCUCGUGGAAGGCUUAAAGCUUGACAACAUUCAACCGGGAAUAUAUUCUGUCCAUUGCUUACCUCUAAGGUUGCUUGGUGCUGAAGGAUCUCCAAUAAGAUGCAUUCUCAUCAAAUAAUUAUUUUUCAUUCAGUAACAGCGAUAUUCCUACUUGUGAAUAAGAAGAUGGUGCAAACGAACAUAAAUUAUUGCGUGUGCCCAAGGCAAGAGAAGUACAAUUCAAAUGCAUUUCUACGGUGCAUUCUCUCAUCAAUGACACUCUCUUAUCAAUGACACGUAAACUUGAUUGAUAAUAAUCUUUGGAUGUUACAGUUAGAUUGUUUCUUAGAACAAAUUAAGUAUCAGCAUUGUGUUUGUUGUCUGUUUUUUGACAGAACAGUUGUCGUAGUUAGAGAAUCACAAUGCCUUGAGGAACUUGUACGUGUUUGUUUCAGUAAUGGGUAGUUUUAUCUGCUGAAAAUUUAGAGAAAUGAUGAAUGGCAUUGGCUUGAAAUAUUGUCGUUGCACUGUUAUGAUCUUUCAUUAAGUUAAUAUCAGAGGGUAAAAAGUUUAUGGGUUGAA